AGCGCCAGUCAGGACAACAUGGUUGCUUGACUGAGCAGUGUGUGUGAGAGGCGCGUGCUGGAAUCUCAGCGGGUAGUUGCACGAGAAAACACGACCCCUUUUCUCCUUUUCUUCAUUCUAGGUGGUGAAUCAUUUUGGACAAGUCUCUCAUUUCAAGCUGAGGACUUCUUGGUCAACGGGACGCGAAGGGAGCCAAACAAUGGAAUGCCCUCUCCUGCCUGUAUUGCACACAGCUUCAGAGACUUCAGAGGUUAAACGGCUUAGUUAGCAGUGUACCUCUCCCCCUAGAACACAAGCAGCCAGGGGAAGAAGAGAGUCACACAAAAAAGAAGGGGAUUUUUGUUUCCUUUAAAAAACAAAGCAUCUUACUUUGUUUAAUUUAGCACUCCAGAGUUUUCAUUUUAUCUUAAUCCACUUCAAGAACAGACACCACGAUGGAUUUAUCACCGUAUCUAUGGAUGGUUGUAGUUGGCUUCAUCAUUGCCUUCAUCCUGGCAUUCUCGGUGGGAGCCAACGACGUCGCGAACUCUUUUGGCACAGCAGUGGGCUCGGGGGUGGUCACAUUGCGCCAGGCCUGUAUCCUGGCUUCCAUUUUUGAAACACUGGGCUCCAUGCUCCUCGGCGCUAAAGUGGGUGAGACCAUUCGGAAGGGGAUUAUAGAUGUCAACCUGUACAAUGACACCGUACCGAUCCUGAUGGCAGGCGAGGUCAGCGCCAUGGUCGGGUCUGCGGUUUGGCAGCUCAUUGCCUCAUUCCUUAAGUUGCCCAUAUCUGGAACCCAUUGUAUAGUGGGCUCUACUAUCGGCUUCUCUAUGGUAGCCAUUGGCACCAAAGGAGUACAGUGGAUGCAGCUAGUCAAAAUUGUUGCCUCCUGGUUCAUCUCUCCUCUGCUGUCGGGCCUCAUGUCUGGCCUACUCUUCUACGUCAUCAGAUAUUUCAUUCUUAAUAAAGACGAUCCUGUUCCAAAUGGACUCCGUGCUUUACCCCUCUUCUAUGCCUCAACUAUCGGCAUCAACGCAUUCUCCAUCAUGUUCACAGGAGCUCCCUUGUUAGGACUGGAGAUGCUCCCAGUGUGGGCCAUCGCUCUCAUCACCCUGGCCGGUGCUCUGGUGUGUGCUGCAGUGGUCUGGAUCUUUGUCUGCCCCUGGAUGAGAAGGAAAAUCGCAAGUCAACUGAAAAAAGAGCAUGUUCUCUCGCGCAUCUCUGAUGAGAGUCUGGAUAAGAUUCCUGAGGAGGAAGAGGAGGCUCCGGUGUUUAAAGAGCUUCCAGGGGCAAAGGGUAAUGAUGAUUCUGAACUGCCCUUGACUGGGGAAUCCACUGGCGAGUUAAACAGCCUGGCCAAUGGUGGCACUGUCCUUCCUAAUGGCCGGGUGUAUGGUCGCACUCACUCCAUGACCAACGGCUGUCUGAAGUCGCCAGUGUCCAAUGGAAGCUUUGCUUUUGAUGGACAUGUGCGCAGCGACGGCCAGGUGUACCACACUGUGCACAAGGACUCUGGUCUCUACAAGGAUCUGCUACACAAAAUCCACGUGGGACGGCUGGAGGAAGAGCGGCCCGAAGUCAGCCACCGGGUCCUUCGCCGCAACAACAGCUAUACGUGCUAUACAGCGGCCAUCUGCGGCAUGGCCGUACAGCCCCUACGGCGCUCAGAGUCCAAUGCUGCAGCGCCACCUGAGGACAGUGAGAAGCUGGUGGGUGACAGUGUCUCCUAUUCUAAGAAGCGCGUCCGUUAUGACAGCUACUCUAGCUACUGCAACGCUGUGGCCGAGGCUGAAAUCGAGGCAGAGGAGGGGGACGUAAAACUUGGAUCCGAGAAGCAUGAAUCACUGCAAGGUGCAGGAGGACUGGAGGACUGCGCCGAUGACGACAAAGAGGAGAAGGACAAGCCCCAGGUUUUUCUGCUCUUCCACUUCCUGCAGAUCCUUACUGCCUGCUUUGGAUCCUUUGCACAUGGUGGCAAUGAUGUCAGUAAUGCCAUUGGCCCACUGGUGGCACUGUGGAUGAUAUAUGACCAGGGUGGGGUGAUGCAGGACGCAGCCACUCCUAUCUGGCUGUUACUCUACGGUGGCAUAGGCAUCUGCGCUGGCCUGUGGGUGUGGGGACGCCGUGUAAUCCAAACCAUGGGCAAGGACCUCACGCCCAUCACGCCUUCCAGUGGAUUUUGCAUUGAAGUAAUGAGUGCUCUAACAGUGCUUGUUGCUUCAAAUGUGGGCAUUCCCAUAAGCUCCACCCACUGCAAGGUGGGUUCAGUGGUGGCUGUUGGCUGGCUGCGCUCGCGGAAGGCUGUAGAUUGGCGUCUCUUCCGGAACAUUUUCCUGGCUUGGUUCGUCACGGUCCCAGUAGCAGGCCUCUUCAGUGCUGCGGUCAUGGCCCUGCUCGUCUACGGCAUCCUGCCUUUCGUAUGAGAGCAAGGACCAGAGAUGGAGAGAAUUAAUGUAAGGUGAUUGAGGAGGCGACAGAAAAAUUUUAUAAGACCAGGAGAUGGUAAGAAGGAAGGACAGAUUGAAAGUUAACGGGGGAUGGCCAUAGAGAGGGGGUUAAAAAGGUGUCUAGGAUGCAUCUAGAAUCUUCUGAUUAACUGUCCUUAACUGUUAUCUCUACAAACCUUUUUUCUGUUUUAGCUGUUGUAAUGUUACUGAACACCGUAGGUCUCAUGUUUCAUCUGUAACAUAAUGAAGCAGUAACACAAAAUAAGUUUCUCAUACAAAUGUGAUCAUGCCAACAACAUUUGCUAAAUGGUAAAGGGUGUGACUACAUGAGCAUGUGCUCAGAUCAGCACACAUGAAUCUUAUCUAUACACACACACACACACACACACACACAAAGUACCACACACUGUACCUAUACAUGAUAAAAAGGUGUUUCUUACAGCGCCGUAGAGCACAUUUUUAGAUCAGCAUCAUUAUGAAAGCACAAAGCUUCACUGACCUCCUUCACUAAGUCUCUAUAUGAGGCUUUAUUUAAUCUGAACAUGUACACUGUAUGAGUAGUAACAGCUGCAGCAUUUUACGUCCACUCAAAUGAAAAACUGGUGAUGUAAAUGUAGGUAAACUGUUAAUCAUUGGAGGCCAUACAAGGUCUACACUGCAAUAGCUGCUGUAUCUCUUGGAACUUUGACUUAGGGUCCCUAAAAUCAGCUAAAUGUAAAUAUUGUUAUCAUACCUCAAAUCUCUGCCAUUUAAAUAAAGCUAGUGUCAUCAUUUGAGGGGGAUGGAGUAAAACUAUAAAUCUGAUAUAUGAUUGUCAUUGUCGGCUCUUUUUAUCAUAUUUAUUCAGAUUAUUUUUCAUAAACGUUUCUUUUAAAGAAUAUAAGGUAAACAAAAAAACACUAUCUUUUAACAGUGUGUGUUAACAUUUCUUCUGUAAAUAUUUUCUGCAAUAGACUUUGGAUAAGCUCUUUAUUUAGUCUCUAGUCAUCACAGCAACUGCAGUGUGGAGAUUAAGCUUUGACAGGGCAGUCACAAGCUACUGACCAUUACUAACGAAAAAUAAAUGCUUCAAGGACAUAACCUUCCUAACAAAGAGCUGCAGCUCCAAAACACCAUUUUGUAUGAUUUUAGAUACAAUUUAGAUACAUUUUUAGACCAGCCCAGUUUAUUCUGAUAUUGGAUUUCAGAGUUGAGCUAAGAAGCAAUCCCUGCCCAGUAAUUAUAACAAUCUCUAUAUAACAAUCACAUUUCAUUUCGAAAUCAGUAGAAUAGGAACAAAAACAAAAUACUGUAUAUAUUUUAAAAUGACAUUUAGGCACUAUAGGUGUUUUGAAAGAUCUAUAUUAUCCAAAAGAUAAUGUUUCAAUAUUCUUGCACUGAUCUGAUGUCUAUUGGCAAAAAAAAAAAUAGGAUUUUGGCCCUAUGCACCAAGACCUCUAAGCAAUACAGCAGGUGCCUCAAUCAUUCUCUUCAAAUUUUCACCAAAGAUGAACUCCAGAGUCAUAUCAUCCUGGUUCCACUUCAAAGCGUUCAAUCAUUUUGUCUUUAGUCUCUCAUUUAAUUAUUUGAAAAGCCAAACACAAAGUAUCUGUAUACAGUAUUUAUAUAGGCAUGCCAACAGACCCCAAUGCCAAGAUAAUGCCGAAAUGUGCAGAUAUAGCCAAAAUCUACCCGAAAAGUACAGUGCAUUGCACCAGCUCAUACGCAAAUCCACACACACACACACACACACACACAUGCACACACACACACCAGCAUUUGCACAUACUGUUUGGGAAAGGCAGUGUUAGAAAUCCAGUAUAGACAGGCUCGACUACUAGUGAGACGACUCCAUUAUAGCAUCACUUAAUUUAAUCCUGGUCAUGAGGUCCAUCUCGAAGAUAACUAGAUACUCAACAAAAUAUGAUGGUCAUCAGUGUUUGGUGCUGGUCUAAAUAACACCUUAAUGCUCUGUCUAAAGAACAUGGCUUUGAACCAAUGCAAAGUGUUAACUUUGUUUUUUGUUUUGUUUUGUUUUUUUUCCUUGUGAGUGUAUUAUACCUUUUUGUUGUUGUUUUUGUUUGUUUUUAUCUCUCAUCAUGAACAAAUCUAUGCUUCGGUGCCCAUUUGCCUUGUAAUAUUGUGCUUUACUGUUUGUCGAAUACAGUAACUUCAGUACUGUGGUGUUUACAUUAUCACACGUAGGUAGAAAUAACUCAUUACUGUUGCCUAAAAAUGACAAACUAUUUACUACAAAAUGAUGUAUAAGAUAUACAGGAAUAGAGUAAGGUGUCUGAUGUCAUUUCGUGUUUUUUAGUUUGUAGCGGUGUGAAUUCUGAUCAUAUGUUACUUUUACACUGCUAUACAUAGUUAAAAAAUUAAAAAAAAUAUAUAUAAAGGUGGGUGUGAUUUAAAAAGAAAUCAUUAUAUAUAUAUAUAUAUAUAUAUAUAUAUAUAUAUAUAUAUAUAUAUAUAUAUAUAUAUAUAUAUAUAUAUAUUAUAAAAAAAUCAUUCAAACUAUAUUUUUCUACAUAUCUGAGUUUUACCUUGAGUGCUGAAUUUUGGAGAGAGAGAACUGGGCUAAAACGAGUCCUAGCAGAACUUAUCUUGAGAAAUGGAUCUACAUACAGUAUGUACUAAUAGAAGGUUCUCUCACUUAAUGCAAUAUGUAACAGUAUCAUUCAGGUAAGGGUUUAAUAUACUUUUAAAACGGUCUUGGAGAGAUUUCCAUACGUCCAUUAUCACCGAUGUUUUGUCCCUUCUUCAUAAGCGUGGUGGCUUAUUGUCCAAAUUCAACAGUGUCUAUGAUUAUUUCAGCAACGUACUUGGAAAAAAAAUAUGUAGUGGUACCAUUGUUUAGGCAAGGCAGUUUUUGACUAUUUUCACUUACAAGCAGCAGUUGAUGUCAUGUUCAGCAGUUGUCCUCUUUCUUAUCGCUAAAACAUUAACGUGUGAGCAGUAAAACCUCAUAUGACCCGUGUUUCUUUGGGGAUGCAGUAGCGUGUGUGGCCACAGGAUGGUAGCAUUUAAUUACUGUAAACAUCCUUCAUUUAGGACGCGUGCUAUCGGCUGUAUUUCAGAAUGCUUUAUAGAAAAAUCAACUCCCUCUGAAAUGCCAUUAUCUGUAUGAACCUAAUAUGAUCUAACCUAAUAGAAAUUCAGUGUACAGUAUCAUAUCAGUGAAAUUGGACAAUGUGCAAAGUAACCAUCCAGUUAACUGUGUAGAUAAAGGUUUCCAGUUUUGCUUGGCAUCAUGUCAGCAUUCUCCUUCAGUGGGUGUUCUGAUAGCAUUUCAUAUUUGUUUUCUCAUUCACAUAGAAAUUUAGAGCGAAUGUAGCCUGCUCCCCUGCUGAUGCCUGCUACGUGUUUUCCCUGUGCUGCCAUGCUGUAAACUGUCUGGUACCCUCUUAAAACAGGGCCAUAGACCUUUUAAAAAAAAACAACAAAAAAAACUACCCUUAUCUGCAUAUGUACUGUAUUACUGGUUCUAUUUCUUUUUGGAAUUUUUGUGAGAGUUGUCUGCAUUUUGAACUAAUUAAAUUAUGGGAAUUAAAAUGACAAAGAAUAACA